AAGCCACACAAUUCACAAGCCAGUCACAUGCCACCUUCUAACCCUCAGCCUUCUGCUGUGAUCCCAGGUUUUCCGAUUUGAUCCCCGCAACACCUCCUGGCUCCAGGUCGCCAGCAUGCUGCAGAGGCGGACGCGCUUCCACGCUGACGUGCUGUCCGACCGCAUCAUCGCCGUGGGUGGUGGGACACUGCUGGGGACCCUCACAUGCACGGUGGAACUGUACCAGCCCGCUGACAACAAGUGGGAGUUCGCAGCUCCCUUCCCCAUGCCUAUUGCUGAUCAUGCAGGCACGACCCACAAGGGAAUCCUCUAUGUUUCAGGGGGCUUCUCUGGGGGUAAAACCUUAGGAGACACUUACAGCUACCUCCCACACCUCCGACGCUGGAUAUGCAAUAGUGCCAUGGCUUUUACCCGCUGUGAUCAUGGGAUGGCUACAGUCAGAGACAACAUCUUUUGCAUUGGAGGAAGGACACUGAAAGGAGUGGAAGAAUGGAUUCAUGUGAAUGAGAUGGAGUAUUAUUGUCCUGGAAGCAACCAGUGGACAACGCUAAAGUCACCCCCAUUCAAGUGCUGCCAGUUCAGCAUCGCAGCCCAUGACACUACACUCUACCUUGCAGGAGGUGGGGCCCUGCAGCACAUGCAGAAAGAAGACAGUGUUUUCCUGUAUGACACAGAGGGGGGUAUAUGGAAGAAAGCCAGUCCCCUGCCUAAGGCUCUGGUGGAUCAUGCCUCUUGCAUGAUUAAACUGUCCCAAGUGAAUGCAGCUGGUGGGACGGGGAGAGGUACCAAGUGCUUCCCUGCAGGCAGGAGGAAGAAAUCUGUCUUCAGCUUGUUCACCACAAAGGAACCAGAGUUCCACUCUGGCUCACAGAAGUAGGAUGUGAAUAUGUAAAGCAGACACAACAGUUGUUUGCCAAGACAUUAGUAUUUUAACAACUGCUCUAGCCGCCAGUCAAGCACCCAAGCAUCUUUAGCAGUGAUUUGGAAUUUGCACGUUUCUGACUUGGUGCUAUCAUGGUGACAUGCAUAAUUUACAGAGAAAAAAAAAGAAAAAAAGGAUUAGUUCCCAAUCCUCCUAAGCUGCAUUAAACCCGUAAGAAUUCCUUAAAUAACUUUUUUUUUUGUCAUUCAGGACCUGGUUUUCUGAAUACCAACCAAGGUAGAACUUAUUUGUAAUGAGCAGCUUGAGAGAUUUUAUGAGGAAGUCUUC